AUGGUUUUCGGAGGAGCUCUUGGUUUAAUUCUUCUUGGAUUUGGUAUUAUUUUUUGUAUUAUAUGGCUAACAAUUCGUUUAUUUUUAAUUUAUCUUAAAUGGUUUCGUCGAAUUGAUAUUAAUUUUAGUUCAAUUGGUCUUGGUGAUAUACAAAAUCUUGAAAUAGAACAUCGUUUAUUUCAUCUUCACAUUAAACAUGUUAAUCUUUUGUCUAUAUUUUCAAUAGUUCUUUGGCGAUUACCAAUUUUAACAAUACAUAAUGUUCAUCUAAAAAUUAAUUCUCUUACAAAUAAAAAUCUAACUAAAACUAAACCAAAAAAUGAUUGGAAAACAAAAUUAUAUUUACUUAAAUAUGUUUCCAUUCGAAUUGAACAAUUGCAAAUUGAAUAUGAAAAUAUCAAUAUUACAUGUCAACGUGUUUCAUUAAAUCCAGCUACUAUACCAAACAGUACAAAUUCGAAUACGUCGAUUAAUUGUGAAUAUGUUGAAUUAUCAUUUGCUGAGAAAACAGAGCAAAUAAAUAAUGGUAUAUCGCCAGAAUUAUUAUUGAAAUCAACAUGGAAUAAUAUUGAAUUACAAACAAAUUUAGAACAACGUUUACUUAUUGAUACAAAUCAUUGGUCUAUUACAAUCGAUGACAGAAUAAUUCAAUAUUUAAAAAAACAACAAGCGAAUUCUUUUUCUUCGACUUCCCAACAACAAAAACAACAACAACAACCGCAGAGAACAUCAAAUUUUCGUUAUAUAGAUUCUAAUUUAUUAUCCAUGACUCAACCGACACAUUCAAAUAAUCUAUUUACUAAAUUUGAUCAAUGGCUCGAAUUUCUUCAUGAUCCAUUUCUUAGUAUUUCUGUUCGACAUUUUGAUUUGCAAUAUACAUCUAUAGAUAAUAUACAUCAUUAUCAUACUCUUGACACAGCUCAAUUCUCAUUUCAAAACUCAUCUACAGUCUCUGUUGAAUCACGACAUGCAUAUAUUGCUAAUUUUCGACUUCAUUCUCAGUCAGUACUUAUUAAUGGUUUAUGUCAAGUAACAAUAUUUCCCGUUCGUCUUGAUCUUACUUGUCAAUUAAAUGAACUUAAUAUUCAAUUACAUGAACAUACUAUUCAACAAGUUCAUUCACUACUAUCCUCUCGAUCAUCUUCAUCAUCAAACACUACAUGGAUAUUGGAUCGACAGAUAGAUAUAUCAUUCCAAUUUUUAAAUCCGUCUAUUCGUUUAAAAAUGCUUGAUAUUGAUGAAUGGUUCAUAUGUCAGAUGAAUUCCUCAAAAAUAAUCUUUCAUUAUAUUCAAAAUUUAGAAUCAAAAUCAUUAAUUGAAUUAAAAAAUAUGCUGAUAUAUACGUCUAAUAAUCAGGAUAAUGUAUCUUCUGAAUCCUUAAUUGAUAAUCUUGAUAAAAAACAUGUAUGGAAUUGUCUAUUUUAUCUUCCAAAUGCAAAUGCAACUAUAUUAAUCAGUAAAUCGAUACAUAUUCAAUCUGAUAUAACUGGAAUACGUUUGCAAUCAAAUCAUAUUCUAAUUUCUCUUUUAAAACGAUUACGAACUAUGCCAGUUUCAUCAACAAAAACAACACCACCACCAACAACAACAGAUUCAAAUCGUUCGAUUGAAUUGUCUUUAUAUAUGAAGUCUGUUACAAUAGUUAUUUGCGAUACUGUACCAGUAUAUUUGUGUUUAUCAAUAUCAUCGAUACGUGCAACUCGAUCACAAAUAGAGAUGAAAAAAAUUAUAACAUUCUUUAAUAAUCAAUCAUCAGAUGAUAUACCGUUCGCUUCAUUAACACAAGGUCAGAAAAUACUUGAAAUUCGUCGUAUGACUAAUCAACAUCUUCUCACGAAUUCAACCAUAAAAAUAACUGUUUCACAUGAUAUGAUAUUAGUAUGGUCAACUAAAUUACAUUUGUUUUUGUAUCGUUUUAUGUCUUCAUUGAAAUUAAAUAAUGAAAAAAUGAAAACAGUAUCAAAUGACAAUGAGAGCAAUAAACAAACGACAAAGAAUAAUAUCGAGUUUAAUGUCGAUGCAUUUGCUCAUGUAUAUUUACAAUUAUCAAAUGAUUGCAAAAUUCAUUUGAAAUUUCAUCAAUUCUCAUCUCAAUUUAUUCGCCAACAUUCAUUUGAUAAUGAAACACAAAUGCAAUUAAAAUGUUCACAAUUAAUUAUCGAUUGUCAACAACAAUGUAUUUUUGUUAUAAAUGACAUAUUAUUUACACGUCUUACUCAAUCAAAAGUUUUGUCAACAGAACGAUUAAUAUUAUUACAGAAGAAAACAGUUGCUAAACUUGAUAUGCUGCAUAAUCGUGCUAGUUCAGUGGAAAUAAAUUCGUUUUCUAUACGUUUUCCAUUUGAUUCAACAUUUAAUGAAGUUGUUGAAAAGUUAGUUAAUAUUCGUAAAUGGUUAAAACGUAUUCAUAAUCAUAAUGGAGAUAUGUCAUCAAAAUUUUUAAAUGAAAUUCCUAAACAUAAAAUAUCAAAUGAAGUUUGGACAGAUUUAUCAAUCAAAAUCAAUGACUUCGAAUUAGCUAUUAUUGAUGAUUUAUUUGAAGUAAAAUUAUUUCAAAAUUACUGCUUAAUGGCUGAUGAAUAUCAAGAACGUGAAAUACGUGAACAAGUCUUACAACAACGUAUUGAAGAAUCUGACCGUACAUCUCAACCAUUACAUAAUAUAAAUGAAUUAAAACGAGCUUUAAUGGAAGCGAGUUCUAAAGUAUAUAUAAAACGUAGUCAAAAAACAAAUUUUGAUGAAAAUAAACAACGCAUAAAACGUAAUUUAAUACGUUGGCAUUUACAACAAGUUGAUUUAAUUGCAUUAGCUGAUCAAUCAUGGACAGGAAAAGAAAAUAUAUUAAAUAUAAUACAUCAAAUUGAUUCGGAUAGUACACAAAUUCCAUAUGAUACAAGUGAUUUAUGUACUAUAUGGUGUCGUUAUGUUAUAUUGAAAUGCGAUGAAUGGUCAAUACAUUUUAGAGAUUUUCGACAACCAUUAUGGCAAAUGCAACAAUUUAAUCUUUGGGGACAUAUUUGUGCUGCAGAAGUUACACCUGAUAGUUUAGAUUCUAUUCGAACACCAUGGGUAGAAAUUGGUGAACCUUAUGAACCAAAUCGAUUUCGUGUACAACGUCUUCUUUCACCAUUGAAAUUCUAUCAUGAUAUCAAUUCAGAUAUCGAUUCUUUUCUUAUUUCUUAUGGACCAGCUUGGGAAAAUACAAUGGCACAAGUAAAUUUAUGUUUAAAUAGUAUAACACCUCGUACUGUUGAUCCUUCACCAUUACUUCCAUGGUGGGAUAAAAUUCGUCUUUACCUUCAUGGUCGAUGGUCAUUUGCAGCAAAUAAAAUGUCAUGGCUUUAUCAUGUUGCAUCAAGUCCAUAUAAUGAUACUGAAGAAAUGGAAUGGGUAUGGGAUCAAGCAUUUGUUGACUGGACAAAUGGAAAAUUUAUUAUUCAAGCAUCAAGUCUUUCGAUUAAAUUAAGAACAAGUUCAAAAUAUGAUGAUUGUUGUCUACUUUAUUUACCAAGUGUUGAUACAAGAAUUACUCUUAAUUGGUUAUGUACUGGUAAUUCAAAUGAUCAUCAUGCCGUUCGACUUGCUACACGUGAUGCUGUUAAUUCAUGGCAAAAGCAGAAGGCAAGUUUAGUCGAACGCUAUUCUAAUAUUCGAAUUCGAACUACUCAUCCUCAUGAUUCUUAUACUCUAUACCGUUCAAAGCAUUUAAAUGCAACAGCAAAAUUUGAAUGUAAAGAUGUACCUGAAGGUGGUAUACCACCAACAUGUACUAUCUAUGCUAGUACACUUAGAUUUUGUGAACGUGUGAAAAAUACAAUGAUGUCUAUUACUCGACCAACACGUCGUGGACCAUUGUUUUUACCCAUAGGUGAACUAGUUGUUCCAGCACGUAAACCACUUCUAUCUCGUCAUUAUGAAGCUGUUGAAUUACAAUUAAUUCUUCCACAAUUUCGUGUUAAAUAUUUAACAUCAUUUGCACGUCAAACAGGUGCACAAGUUGAUUGUCAAUUAUUUAAUUUUGUUACUUAUCAAGAAUUAAAUUUAAUUGAUCAUCAUGAUGGUCUUGCACGACGUCCAAAAGUUUCAUGGAAACCUAAAAUGAUGAAUGUUAAUUUAAAACGUGCACAGACAUGGCUAUUACGAGAUGCUAAUGAAGAUAAAGAAUCAAAUGAAAUAUCAAAUAAACAUGAUAAUCAAAAAGAAUGUCAACAACAACGAACAUUUUUUCUUAGUUUAGAUAGUUUAAUAUAUAUACGUUCACCAUCAACAAGUAGUAAAAGUAGUACACAUUCAGUAUUAAUUGAUGAAUUAAAAGCUGUAUGGAAUUUAACUAAUCGUCGAACACUUUUUCUUGUUUAUGAACGUUAUCGUCGAAAUAAUAUUCUUCGAUCAAAUCUUUCCAAUCCAUUUGCUAAAGAACUUGAACAUUUACAACAAGAAAAAACUCUUACUACACCUUCAGAUCAAUCGCCAGCAGAUGAUAUUUCAAAUAUAACAUCAACAUUAACUUCAGAAGAUUUAUAUUCAACUCAAACAUCAACAACUAUAAGUAUGACAACAAAUGGAUCAACUUCUCAACCAUCAACAUUAGCUUCAUUUCUUGAUCAACUUAUUAAUGAAAGUCAAAAUAAACCAAGUGCAGAUCUUGAUCCUAGUGUCGAUGCAUCUGUAUCAUUAAUUGGUCUUCGUCAAUGUACAAAAGAUGAUGUGGAAGAACAUACAUUACAUAUUGAAUUAGCUGAUAGUCAAAUAGCUUUACGUGGUAUUGAAUCAGGUGGUUAUGUUAUAUUAUCAGCUACAGUUGCAUUAGUUGAUCAAUAUCGUCAUCAACCUGUUUGGCGUGAUGAACAGUUAUGCGAUAAAACAUCUUGGCAUGGUGAUUUACAAGGAAUGCAAUAUUUUUCAACGACAGUAUCUUCAUCAUCGCCACCACCAACAACAACAACAACGGCGACAACAAAAACAAAAGAGAAAACAAAUAAUCCAACUUCAACAUUAUUUUCACUAGAUGAUGAUAUUAUUUGGAUUCCACGACGUGAUAUUCGUGAUGAAAAUUCUCUUCUAGGUGAAUCAUCACGAAGUGUUGUUGGAAGUGUAGCUACAAAUGAUGGUUGUGGUGAUCAACAACUUCAAUGUAUUAUAUCAAAAUCAAAUGCAACUUUAUCCUAUGUAUUUUAUACUGAACAAACACAACAAGAAGAAGAAACUGAUACUAAUAUCGUUAUUCCGCCAUUUACAAAACCAUCGAUAAAUGAAUCUAAUCCUAUUGGUGAAAAUGAUCGUUUACUUGUUGAUUCUUUUACAUUUAUUCAUAAUGAUAUUCAAUUAUCAACAAAUUCAUCACAAUAUCGUACAAUUAUGGAUAUCGUUAAUAAUUUACUUUUAUAUGUUGAACCGAAGAAAGAAGGUGCAAAUAAUAAAUUACGAAAGCUUCGUUUAAAAAUUCAAUUAGCUAAUAAUUUACCUGUUUUACAAAAAAAUAUUCGUCAUUUACUUGAACGUGUCAGAUCAACAUUAGCUGAGUUACGACGACUUGAACGAGAAAUUUAUUAUUUUAGUCGAACUAAUAAUAAUAAUUUAGCUAGUAAUUCAUAUUCAUCCGAAGAAGAAGAUGGUACUAGUACUGGUCCUGUUCCUGGUCAUGGUCAUGGUCGAGAACGUGCAUUUUCAUUUACACCAGAAGAAUAUGAACAAUUACAAAAUUCAUAUAGUUCAGUUAAAGCUGAAUCAAAUGAAUUAGCAGAAAAUUUAGGAAUGAUGUGUGCAGUUUAUAAAGAUAUGCAAUUAGCACGAUUAGUCAAACUGAGAAUAGCAGCAACAAGUAAUAAGACUGCUCGAUUAGAACGCCGGUAUGAAAUUCAUGGUGGUUCGAUAACAUGGUUUAUUAAACAUGAAGAUGGACAAAUUACAAAUGCACAAUUUUUGUUAAGAAAUCUUUUGUAAGUAGCAUAUUUUAAACAUUUUUUUUUAUUGUUUAUCAAUAAUAUAUGCAGCAAGGAGCAAAAGUCAUUGACCUAUGGUUAAGUCAACUUUCUGCGCGCAUAUUUCUGGAAGUUUUCUAGAAGAUAGGAUGAAAUCAACAUAUAGCUUCGUAAAUUACAAGAUUGAUCGAUACUGACGCUUGUAGCAAGACAAUAAUUACAAACAUUCUCAGUGGAAUGAUAAAACAAUAUCUGCGGAGAAAGUACCCGAUUGGUCGUCGAAUAGUUUUGACGUUAAUCCCUCAACGCUAUGUCGAGAAACGGAAAUCAUUAUACUUCGAUGAACUAAUAAGACUUCCGCACAAAGAAUAGGAUAGAAUCGAUGAAAGUGCGAUGC